AUGGGGAAGCGGCAGAAAGAGUGUGAAGCAGAAGAACAAGAAGAGGAGGAGGAGGAGCCCAAGAAGAAGCUCCAGAUCGAGCCGCCCGAGUUCGAGGAUCCAGCUCUCGACAACGAUGAAGGGGAUCCCACCGAGUUUUCGGUCUCCAUCGGUGGGCUGAGCUUUGACACGAAGCGAGCAGCUGUGCGUAAGGCCUGCGCCAAGUUCGGCAAGGUGGUCACUGUGCGCCGGUGGGUCCGUGGCGCUCCUCGGCGAGCUGACGUCUCUUUUUCUUCAUCUGACGAGAUGCAAGCGGCCAUCCAGGGCAUGGAGGGGAAGGAGAUAGACGGCAAGACCAUCAAGAUUAAAGCCACUCCCACGGAGGAAGAAGCUACGGUCAAAAAGAAAGGCAAAGGAAAAGGAAAAGGCGGCAAGGGCAAAGGCAAAGGCAAGGGUAAGGGCAAGAGCAAAGGCAAAGGAGGCAAAUGA